AAACGAGUGAAAACCUGGAAGGAGCGGGAGAAUUUAAAGGCAAUCAAAUCUGUAGAUGUUUUCCUUUUUUAAAGUUUGCAAACCACAUAAAGAAGAGAAGAAAAAACACAAAGGUUGUAGACUAUCAGGGUUUUCACCUCUUCUCUGUUACACACUACGAUAAUGAAACCUUGAGAUUGAAUAAAGAUGUUUGACAAGAGAAAGCCAUCUGAUGACGGCUCAGCAGCAGCACUACAAGGUGCAGAUAAAGACAAAGAAGAAGAGUAUAUUAGGCUGAAUAGCAGUAGCAGUGGGCAUGAAGGACCUUCGCAAAGUGAUCUCACGGGUAAUCACAGACAGGGAUAUUGCAGCUGUUGCCAAGUUCAUUAUGUUGAUCUGGAUAAGCAUCUUACAAGUACCCAGCAUCGGCAUAUGACACUUUGCCAGAAGAAACGAUUCAGUACCAGCAUACUCAUGGAUCGCUUCUUGCAGGAUGUUCAUCGCUACCAUCCACAAAACUAUCAGGAUACCAGGCCAACAUAUGAUGACAUUCCAGAUAUUAUCAGGCCUCCUGCUUCACUGAAAGAUUGUUCUUGUCUACCGCCAACCUUAUACAGAAGAAAAGACACAGUAUAUCUGAUGGGAAAAAAAGUGGUUUCAAAACUCAGGGAAAAACAGAUUACAUUCUCAGGAAUCAUAUGUUGGGUGGGACACUGGAAGAACUGUCACGUCUUUUUAGGAAGUGAACAUGAGUCCCAAACUCAAGGUGAAGAGUUGUGUAAAAAUGACAAAACAGUGGAUGAAAUAAUUGAAGAAGACUCAAAUCUAAGCUUUGACUGGGAUAUGCCAGUGCAGUCUGGAGAUGAUAACUCCAAGGUAUUCAUGAAAAAUUGGGACUUGCUGAAAGAAAUGAAUGUGAGCCUAGGAGAAGACUAUGAAUCAAAGCUCACCUCUGUACUCAGUGCAAACCCAAUAAAAGAAGUAAAGGAUGUAAAAUUAGAGAGUGAAGAACAGGUCCUUCCAUCUUUGCCCCAUGUGCCUCCAUCUUUUGUGGGAAAAACCUGGUCUCAAAUUAUGUAUGAAGGAUGAUUUGAAAAUGACGACCUAGUCAAAAAACAAUUUAAGAAUGGAAAGUUUCAUUGCUACUUUGAAAAUGGAUCUUUAGCGGGCACUAAAAGGAAGAGUAAGAAUAGACACACAAAAGAAGAAAUAAAAGUUAAAAUGGAGUCUCAGUCAAACAUAGAGAAAGACUUAGAAAUAAAUAAAGCACCAGUAUCACUUCAUGAAGGGUGUGAUGGGUCUGAUAUUCCCUCUCUUCAUUCUGAAAAGGCAUUAAAACCUGAUAUUAGUAAACCUGGUAGAAGGAUAUGGAGACUAGCCUCAAGAUGCCAAAUUGUUAAGGUCAGUCAUGGCACUCAAACUAGUUUAUUAAACUAUCACACAGGGAAAAGAAAAGUGAUUACAGAUGAUUUUGAAUCAGAAUGUAAACAAGACAUUCACAAUUUUGAGGAUGAAAGAACACCAGACAUAAAAACUAGAAUGUGUGCUCUGAGACUCCCAGAAUCAUACAAUAAAAUUUUAUCUCCAGUGCAGCCGAAAACUGUGGUUUAUGUCCUUUCCCAUCCAGAUUCCAAACAAGAUAAAGGUAAACCAGCUUGCAUCUCAAAGCAAGGUCGUAACAAGUUCUCCACUGAAAGUAGGGAUUCAGUAUAUUUUAAAUACAAACAGUCCCCACUUAAAUAUUAUGAUCCUCUAACUAACAGGAUCCUUAAAACACCUCCAAAGAAUACCGUACAAGGAAUGGAUGUAAAAGGCCCCCAUGUUCGAAAACUAUUUAGAAGUCUUAGCAGUGAUGUAAAUAAAUUACAGUUUAAACAGAAAAAAAAUCCACUACCUGUAAAAGGUCAAUGAGUAGCUGUUCCUUUGCAUCUCUUUGUGCGGAUUCCACCAAAGGAAACCAAGUAAGCCUAAGUAUUCAAGGAAGUGAAUCAUCUAGCCAAUACAGAAUUUACUGACUCUCUUAAGUUAGGAGACUCAGAUAAGCCAUAUGGACACAUUUCUAUUUCCCCCUUGCAGUACUCAUAAAGCCCAAUUUAAGACUGGUAUCCAGCUUACUCCAAUAAUUGCUAGGACCAGAAAUAUUCAUCAAGAUCUAAGAAAAAUCAGCUUCCCAAGACAGGUAAUUUAAAAGCAUCAAAAAAGAAAACAAGAAAAAAAUCAGAACCUGAAAAUAACACAGAAUCUAAUACUAAUCAUUGUGGGAUGAUUAGGAUGGGUACAGCGAGUAGCACAACGAAGAUCACAUAGAAAAAAGAAGUCUUCCAUUAACGUGCGAAAAACAAACCGUUCCAUUAGUUCAGGCUUGUAUACCUAGGCAAAAUACUCCAAAGAAGGGCCUGAGAAAUAAUUUGCCAGCUAGUGAAAGUGUGCAUACUCUUGUGAAAUCACAAUAUUUUUCUUUAAAGCCUACCAGGAGAAAACCAAAGAUCACUAAACCAGUGCAGGUUAUUGAAGGUCACCGUAAAUCAAGAGGUAGAACAUGCACAAUUGCAAAGGCUACCGAUAGUAAAGAAACUGUAAAAACUGCUUCCUCUAAGAGAAAAUCAUCUAGAACUUACCCUGUACUGCAAGGAGACAAGAAACCAGACUCCCAAAAUGUCGUACAAGGACCCACCUGAAAGAAACACUAGAAGGAGAGUAACAUGACACUGUUAAAUUCCAUUGUACUACCAAGAUAAAGACUUAGUUAAAGUUACUUAGUAAAGAUAAAACACUGUGUAAUAAAACGGGUACAAUAAUAUUUUUAUACGAUUUUAUAGUUUUAAGAAAGAAAAAUGCUAGUUUCAAAAAAUAUUACUGCCAAUUGUAAAUUUAUUUUUUUAUUGUAGUUUCCUGUUCUGUAAAUAUUUAAUACACGCAUGGCACUUUUGCACUUGAUUUUACUUUUUUUUAUUGGUUUUACAACUAGUUAUUUUGUAUUGUUUUUUUUAUUAUUUGGAUAAGUCGGUUUUAGUUCUCUAUAGGGCAUUUUUUGUAUUAAAGUCUGUAAUGGUACUAACAGGCCAGAUAUUAAAGAUAUCCAAAACACUAUUUUCCCCAAUAUACACAGCAAAGGAUAUCAAGUGAAAAAUUGUUUGUGUGAGUGGGUGUGUGUAAGAUGGAUGUAUAUCACUGAAAAUGUCCCAUACAAAAUAAUAGAAAUGAACAAUAUUAACUUAUAAUACCAAUAUUACAGUGUUUAAAAUAUUAAUGUAAUAAUGAAAAAUAUAUUUUAAUGCAGCUUUAUACAUAUUUUAUUGUUACAAAUAUAAAUACAUAUAGUUAAUGUGCACUGACUGAAUUAAUGUGCACUGGCUGUGCUAGUGUAUUUAAAAUAUUUGAAUGAAAGAGUAUUAAAAAUAAAAUAGGUUUUUACAUUUUCUAUUAAAA